CUGGAUGCGGGGGGGGCCGCCCGGGGGUUCUCGGCGCGAAGCGAAGAGAUGUGUGAGCGCGGCCCCGCGGGGCCGUCUGAGCUGAGCGCCGGGCUCCGCCGAGGACUUCGGUCCGAGGACUCGAUGGCGGGCACGCGGGCUGCCUGAGCGGGCUGACCGCGCGGGAGGACGGAGUGCACGGGCCGCCCGGUGGGCGUCGCGGUGGCCGCGGGCUGUCCCCUGCUAUGGAACGCGAUGAGGGAGAGCAGGAAUCCCAGCCCGAGAGCCACGUGGAGAGCAGGAGCAGCGUGAAGCCCGUGCCCGGGGGAGCGGCCCACGUCAAGCUAGAGAUAAAGAAACACGCCGUCACGGAUGACUACAAGCUCUCCAAGCGGGUGCUGGGGUUAGGAAUCAAUGGCAAAGUACUGGAGUGCUUCCACAAGGAGACGGGGCAGAAGUGUGCUCUGAAGCUCCUGUAUGACAACCCAAAAGCUCGUCUGGAAGUAGAAUAUCACUGGCGGGCAUCGGGUUGUCCCCACAUUGUCCACAUCCUGGAUGUUUAUGAGAACAUACAUCAUGGAAAGAGAUGCCUCCUCAUUGUCAUGGAAUGCAUGGAGGGAGGAGAGCUGUUCAGCAGGAUCCAAGAGAGAGGAGACCAAGCUUUCACUGAGAGAGAGGCCUCUGAAAUAAUGAGAGACAUUGGAACAGCCAUCCAGUAUCUGCAUUCAAUGAACAUUGCCCAUAGAGACGUCAAGCCUGAAAACUUGCUUUACACAUCAAAAGAAAAGGAUACUGUACUCAAACUCACAGACUUCGGCUUUGCCAAAGAAACCACUGUACAAAAUGCACUGCAGACCCCCUGUUACACUCCUUAUUACGUGGCCCCAGAAGUCCUUGGUCCUGAAAAGUAUGACAAAUCAUGUGACAUGUGGUCUCUGGGUGUCAUCACAUAUAUUCUCCUGUGUGGAUUCCCUCCAUUCUACUCGAACACUGGACAAGCUAUUUCUCCAGGAAUGAAGAGAAGAAUUCGGAUGGGGCAAUAUGGGUUUCCCAAUCCAGAAUGGGCUGAAGUAUCAGAAGAAGCCAAACAACUGAUUCGCCACUUACUGAAGACUGACCCAACAGAGAGGAUGACAAUUUCUCAAUUUAUGAAUCACCCUUGGAUUAACAGAUCAAUGGCAGUGCCACCAACUCCUCUCCAUACCGCACGGGUCCUACAAGAGGAUAAGGACCACUGGGAUGAAGUUAAAGAGGAGAUGACCAGUGCUUUGGCUACCAUGAGGGUGGACUAUGAUCAGGUGAAAAUUAAAGACUUGAAAACAUCCAACAACCGCCUCCUGAACAAACGCCGCAAGAAGCAGAAACAGGCCGGCACCUCUUCUGCAGCCCCAGGGUGCAAUAACCAAUGAGAAGAGAAGCCAAGGACCUGUGGGUGGAGGGUAAAUGUGUUAAAAGGAACUAUGUAAAAUGAGUACGAUCAGCUUAGUUGGCUGAGUACCACAAACUCACAGAGACUGCGAAGAAUCUGUCCUGCAAAGAGGGAGCUGGGGGAAAGAUAACGUUUUUUUUAUCCUGAAUCAGGGCUUUGCUUAUAAAGGCUACUUUAUAUGAUAUGAUUCUGUUUGCAUAUUGCUAGGGAAGGUAUAACAAUGCCAGAAAUAUUACAAGGUUUUGUUUUGGCUUUAACUUGUUGGAUGAGUGGAGAGAACAGGAGACAGUCUCAGCACAUUAAUGUGCUGAGGCUUUAAUAGCCAUCUAUGAGUGUAACUUCUGAUGCCAUUUUAAAACUCGGGAAUAGAAAAAAUGCCAAGCGUUCUGCUUGGAGUGUUGUAGGAGUUCAAAUGUGAGUACCGAAGAAGGAGAAAAAUGCCACUGCUUUUUGUGUGAGUAGCACAGGUGCGGUUCUACUUUGGAUGUAUGUGGACAGCAUUUCAUGCUAGAAUAGGUAAGAAUAGUCAGUGUUUCCAAACAUAUCUCCUAUAGCUCCAGAAUAUCAUCUAAGCAGUGAACAGUUAUUCCUGUGGUAGAAAAAAAACAUCCAUACAUUUCCAUUUUCACAAAGUCUUCAUGUAGUCUUACAUAAUGAUUUGGGUUUGUUGUGGUUUCUCCUUUAAUUACACGUUCAUUUUAUAAAUGUAACCAUUAUGUUGCAUCUAUACCACUGUCAGAUCCCUCUCUUGUGAUGUUUUUAAUUUAAACACUACUUCAUGCCAAGAGUUUUAAUUAGGAUUUAAUUAGUCGCAAGCAUACUGCAGAGAAUGUUGUGGUUCCUCUUGGAUCCACAGUGUCCAGGGUGUGCAACUGGACAUACAGCUGCGUAUGAGAGACUGGUCUAGAAGAGAGACUUCUGAAAUUCACGAAGAAAUGGCAACUGCACCUUCUGUGAGUAGACUCCAGUGCCUGCCAGCAUCCCUUCUAGCAAUUACCUCCAGAUCCUGUGCCUGAGAUGUGCUGAUCAUAUCCAGUUUUGGGGUGUUGGGAUUGGUUUGUUUCUUGGGAGCAAAGAGGGAGAGGUUGCUGCUUUAUUUGUGAUGUCUUGACAGUGUUUCCAGAUCCAAAGAUUUCCAUCACCUAUGGGAAACUACCUGUAAGGAUAUGCACUCUUUUUUUUUUUUUAACUGUUCUAAUUCUUGUUCUAUUGUAUGCUCGCCUUGGUUUGCUAAUUUGUUUUACUUCACGAUCAAAAUAUUUUCUCUUGCUAUAUGAUGUAGGGUUUUUUUAGUUGAGGUAAAGCAAAUGUUUGUAAAAGUAUUAUCAGAGUCUAGAAUGAAAAUUAUAUGCUUCCAGUGAUGCAGGCAAAAACUGCUUUGUGGCAGGCGUACACAGUGCUGUUGUGUUAAUAGCCUAAGAAGGUUAAAAGAGAAGGGAAAACAAGGCUCCAGGGAGGGUCUGAAAUUCAGACGUGACUGCAGCGUGGAUCUUGUUACCUCCAACAAAGAUCUGCUCGAGGCUUUUCUGGAGAGUCCUGUUCCCGUCUUACAGCAUUGGAUGAGGCCUCCAUUCUUCUAUGUGAACUAGGGUUUUAUAAACUUGAUUUUAAUAAACCACGUUCCAACAUUC